CAUCUUCCUUAGUUGGGGCCGCAAGGUAACUUGCACGAAGAUCAAAGCAGCCGGCCCUAUUUCUUGGUUUCGUUUGGUCUCCGAGGAGGCGAGGCGGUGUUGACAGGGAAGAAGCUGUCCGAUCGAUUGGUGUCGACUCCUCCUGCGAUCGCGCCGUAGUCGUCGAUGCAAGCAGAUGGUGAAGUUAACUUUCGAUGAUGGAGCUACAGAUGGAAUGCAUGAGCAACUUGGAAGUGAGCUUCUGCAAUGGAGGCAGUGGCAACUAUUGGAUUCGGUCCUUCCGACCGGUGGCUUUGCUCAUUCUUAUGGACUUGAAGCUGCCAUCCAAACUACUUUUGUGACGAACCCCAUAGAUCUUAAGUCCUAUAUUGUACAAGUCUUGGAGAAUACUGGCAGCCUACUUCUUCCCUUUGUAUAUUGUGCCUGCAAGUCUCCGGACAUUGUUGCCUGGUCUAAGCUGGAUAGGUUGCUCGAAGCAACCUUAACGAAUGAAGUCAGUAGAAAAGCAUCAGCAUCUCAAGGAUCAGCACUUCUAAGAGUAGCGGCAUCGGUAUAUCUCGAGGUUCCAUCUCUCAAAGAAAUGAGAGACAAAUUCUUGGGGUCAGGAUCUGUUUAUUUCCAUCAUGCGCCUAUUUUUGGUCUCAUAUGUGGAUUUCUUGGAUUUGAUAGCAGUACCACGCAGAGGAUGUAUAUGUUCAUGGCAAUGAGAGAUGUUAUUUCUGCUGCGACGAGAUUAAAUUUGGUCGGGCCUCUCGGAGCAUCAGUGUUACAACACCAACUCGCCUUGGUUGCUGAAGAGAUGAUGAAGAAGUGGAUGGACCGACCUGUCGAUGAAGCAUGCCAGGUUGCUCCUAUGCUUGAUGUUGUGCAAGGUUGUCACCAAUACUUAUUCUCAAGACUGUUUUGCUCUUGAUAUCAUGUUAGGGUUGCAGAACACUGCCAAGUAUAUAUUGAAUUUUUGCAGGUUUCAUCAAUCCACAGUAGGAAUUGAUUUUUGAUGAACAAACAAAUGUGAACUUGUAGCCAAGAAAAUUAUCCUUAUUUGGUUUA